AUGGAGUCGGCGAACCCAAGUGUACAAUUGAACUCUGCUGGGGCUUCUUUGGUAGAAGACGUUAGACUGGAACGAGGCGCUGCCCCUGCCCCUCAACGUCAAUCCGGCCAGAAUCGCAUCGGUGAAAUUGAGCGCCUAUCCCCGCAGAUUGAGCGCAUGCUUCUUGACAAGAUCAGAGACAAGAUGAUGUACGAGCUGGGUGUUACCAAAGAAAGUGUUACAGGUAUUUCGAUAAGUGACACGGAGACUAGAACGUUCCGUUUCCAUUUCGGAUCUGCUGUCAACGAAACUGUGGAGUUAGGCUGGUUAACUGAGAUGGGAAUUAAGAAGGCCGCCCGAAUUGAACAAGCAUUUCGCGACGCCUGGCCUGAAGAUCGUAAAUGGUCAAAGGCAUAUGUCGUUGAGAGUGACGGCCGCAGUCCCGCCGUUCUAGCCCAUUGGUCAUCUGUUGGGAAGGUAUAUCAAGAUGACUUAAAAGCCAUCUAUCAGAAUCGGAACUUACCACCUGCAAAUCCUCUCUACCCCGGUUAUGAGGGGCUAUGGCAUAGUUGGUGCUAUGCAGCCAGAGCCGCUCUAAAAGAACGACGGGAACGAAUGGUAUACCUUGUUAGCUAUUGUUCAUCGAAUAGUCAAAAGAAGGGAGACCAACACCAUCCUAUAAACCUUCUUGCUUGGGCGUUGAGCUACGACGAACCUUUCAGCAAAUCAUGUCACGAUCAGAACUCGUUUCGAGUAGGAUAUUCGGCAUCCUUCUUUUCCCCCAAUUUCCGAGGAGGAUGCAAUGUGCCUGGAGGUCACCCCGAACAACAUGCCAUUCAUUGGCAAAUUCGUUAUUUUAGGCCUAUCAGUGAUUAUACAUGUUCCGAUAUGGACUGUCUGUUAAGCAAGCGACAAGCUGCGACUAUACGACACGGGUCCGAGGCGAUUUGCUUGGGGGAGAGACGAGCACGAGUAAGCUUCCGAGUGUUAAGAGGAACUCCAGGCCUCUUCAGCAUACUCUCCUUAUCUGAUGACUGGAUGCCUAUAGGCAAAAAGGACUUUCAGAACAUCGACAAGGUUAAAGCUAGUUGGGAACGUUAUGGCUUAAUGGCAAGGGAAAGAGCAAUCCCUAUCACACAUUAUCUCUUCGAGAUCUGUAGAAUCUUUGAAAGAUGCAUGGACGCAUGGGGCGAGACACUCGACGCCAUAGAUGGACUUGUUCAUGUCGACUUGAACGACUUUGAUGACCAGUCGCGAGUGGAGGAUCUGAUGUUCGAUAAGUCUUUUAACCGCUCUAAGGACUACUUUGUUGCUCUACAGCUACUUAGGAUCGUCGACGAGUGGCUGGAUGAGAUCGUGCCUAGUGUUAAGGAACUGCAAAAGGAUCCCUCUCUCGGACACCCUUCCUUCUGUGCGGCUGCAGCGAGAGAGAACUUCAAUGCCGCCAUCAGAAGCAUAGACGAACGCGCUGGUGCAGUUCAAAGGCGAGUCCGAAAGAAGGUCGAGGAGAUCAACAGUCUGCGAGAUGGAUUAUUCAACGCUACGUCUCUUCGAGAGUCAACCAAAGCUAUGGCGUUGAAUCAAGCAAUUUAUGUCUUCACCAUUGUGACGGUCCUCUUCACACCAGUGAGCUUCUUAGCGGUAAGUGACAUACACCAUAAGCCCUCAGCAUCACAGCUAACAAAGUAG